AUGUCUUUGCUUCUAAAACAUUUAAUGUGCUUUACAGAGCUGUCAUCAGAGGUCAUUCUGUCCCAAUGUGUUCUUUUCUUUCUGGUUGGAUACGAUACAACGUCUUCGUGUUUGUCUUUUGCUGCCUAUAACCUGGCAAUGAACCCACAAUUCCAGGAUAUGCUUGCUAAAGAAAUAGAUGAUAAAAUUCAGCCCGGUACAAAACUUACCUACGAUGUGGUGAAUGACAUGCCUUUCUUGGACGCUGUCAUCAGCGAAACCUUGCGGCUGUACCCGCCAGUUGUCAUACUAGAGCGUACAGCUAGAGAGGACAUCUUUGUUAGAGAGUUUCCAGUGAAGAAGGGAACUACCAUCACGAUUCCUAUAUAUUCACUGCACCGUGAUCCAAAUCUUUUUCGAGAUCCAGACAAAUUUGAUCCUUCGAGGUUCCACCAGUCUACUACAAGGGUUUGGGAUUCUUAGAACCAAAAGCCAUUUAUUUAGCUGUAAGCAAGAGAUAGUACUAAUCAAGAGGAAAAACUGACAAUUUAUAAAUUCACUGACGCGUCUUGUUCUCUGUAUAUUAC